UGGGCCGCUGAAAUUAUGGAGGCCUCGAAUGGCGGUCCGAUCUGUCGGUUGGAAAAGAACGGGAAACUUCGAGCCCUAGAUCGGGAGGCUCUACACUCUUCGGGAGCCAGAGAAUUCCUUUAUUUCACCUCUAUUUAACUCAUCCAUUAUCCGCCAUGAUCACUACCUCGGUUUCGGCUUUUCUUUAAUUGUUUGCUUUUUAAUUCGCUCUCAAGCUAUACAGCCUUUGAAUUUCUCAGAUCUUCCAAAACCUCGUUUUCUGCAAAUGGGUCCAGAGGCACCUGCCGAUGCGUUCAGCAGUAAUGUAGUGGGACUUUGCGCGGGUUACUCCAAGCGAGCGUAUGUAACGUUUCUGGCGGGAGAUGGAGAUUAUGUGAAGGGCGUGGUGGGACUGGUGAAGGGCCUGCGAAAGGUUAAGAGUCCGUAUCCUCUGAUUGUGGCGGUUUUGCCUGAUGUUCCGGACCGGCACAGAAGGCUUCUGAGCAGCCAAGGCUGUAUUGUUCAUGAAAUCCAGCCUAUUUAUCCUCCAGAGAACCAUGUUCAGUUUGCCAUGGCGUAUUAUGUUAUCAAUUACUCAAAGCUACGGAUUUGGGAGUUUGAAGAAUACAACAAGAUGAUCUAUCUGGAUGCCGAUAUUCAAGUUUAUGAUAAUAUUGAUCACCUUUUCGAUCUGCCGGACGGCCAUUUCUAUGCGGUUAUGGACUGCUUCUGUGAAAAGACCUGGAGUCAUACUCCUCAGUAUAAGAUUGGCUACUGCCAGCAGUGCCCUGAGAAGGUCCAGUGGCCUUUUGAAUUAGGGCAGCCCCCUGCUCUGUAUUUUAAUGCAGGCAUGUUCGUGUUUGAGCCGAGUAAAUUGACCUCCGAUACUCUGAUACAUACCCUGCAAAUCACCCCUCCUACGCCUUUUGCCGAGCAGGACUUCUUGAACAUGUUUUUCCAGAAGAUGUACAAGCCUAUUCCUUUGAUUUACAACCUAGUAUUGGCUAUGUUAUGGCGCCAUCCUGAAAAUGUGGAGCUGGAUAAAGUAAAAGUCGUCCACUAUUGCGCAGCUGGAUCGAAGCCAUGGAGAUACACAGGGAAAGAGGAGAACAUGCAGAGGGAAGACAUAAAGAUGCUGGUAAACAAAUGGUGGGAAAUUUACAACGAUCCAACUCUGGACUUCAAAUGGCUAGACGUAAUACCGGACUCUCAGACCAUGUCUGGUCUCCAGCAAGUGACAGAGAAUUCCUUGUUAUCCGCCAUGCCAAGGAUGCAUCCUGCUCUGACAUCUGUUCCGCCUGCUGCGUAGUAAUGUGAGAUAGAAUUUAAAUGUUUAUUUCAUAAAGCAAUGACAGUUGAUCGUUUUCAUAUGCAUUUGCUUUUUUUCUGGAAAAAUUUCAGAGCCCAGGACAACCAGAACGAAGAAAUGUCUUACAUAUAUAUCUACUUUUGUAUAUCAUGGGAACAAAGAAAGUAUCCCUACUGUUUCUCAUACAGAGCUUUUUGACAGAAAAUUGUUUAAUACAAGUAUAUGUAUUUAUUGAA